AUGCGACAGAGAGAUCAGCCCACUUGCCGCCACAAUCUUAACCGGGGACGUUCGCCUCCUCCACAGUAUCCCUACUCAGCCUCCGAAGCUUCUGCUUCCACAUCCUUUUCCCUAACUACUUCCCGUCCCGCCCCACCCCCAUUCUCGAGUCUAUACACCGUCGACGAUCACUUCAAGCUUGCGCAAACCACCUGCGGACCUACUUCCGAAGCCGGUGCCUCAUCUGCGACUGCUGCUCCAGCUUACGCGCCCUCCGAUUCGGCAUUUGAUAGUCCUCUCGAGAGGUCUACUUCCUUCGACGAUACUGUUGCGGAAACUAAACGGGCUCUCCCACAAGACGUUAAGGGCGAAUCGAGCCAGAAGGUCGACGAUCCUAACGAACCGCCUCCCGCAUAUUCUGAAGGCUACAGUCCUUUACUCUCAUUUACAUACCUAAUGGCGGCUGCCGGUGGUGCGUCGAGUAUUAUUACUCAAGUCCAACAGGGCGGUCCUCCUGUCAAUGCUAUUGGAGAUGUCGGGGCCGACGAAACUAUUACCAUGGACCUACGUGGCACGCGCUUCGUACUAUCUAGAGACGAGCUCCUGACGCUGCCUGAAUUCGUUCUCCUCUCCUUAUUCCCCAACGGCCUCUUCCCCGAAGGCCAUAUGGGCGGCUUCUCCGAGGGUGAUGCCGUUCAAGUCGAUGUCAGUACACUCAAUGAUCAUCCUACCACGCAUUUCACUCAGAUUACCUCAAAUGUCACGUGCGAGGCGUCUCCUACGUCGCUAAGCACAUAUUUUCCUGCCUCUACACUUCGCAAUCUCGUCUCCAAUAUAAACAUACAUAUCACUGACCUUAUUUCCCAGUAUGAUCCUGCAUCUCUACAGUACAUGUUGGAUUUCUUCCGGAGCGUAGCACAGUCUAUCCCCACUGAGGCCUCCCCUACUGCUUCACCGGAAGGUGGUGCUGUUCCUAUCGACUCUCUAGGUGGCAGAGGUGAAGAUGGAAGCAAGCGAGCUGGUAUCAUUGUGUUACGGGAAGAUUUGGAUUUUUAUGCUAUUCCUCCUCGGCCUGAUAUCAGCCAGGCAGAGAUGAUCGAAGUCAAGCGUGCUGCUGCCAGAGCUCUGCUCAAGCAGGACGGGAUCUUUUCGGGGCUUAAGAGAAGCGAUGAACCUGGCACUACCGAAGCACACCUAAUCGAGAUGUUGACCGCUGGUGGCUUCAAUCACGACGAUAGAUGGGGCCAUCGUGCUGGCGAGCCUAACAAAGCCGUCGUAUGCAGUUUGGCCCUUGCUCGACUACGUAGCGAUAUCCGUGGUAACGAUAUGGGAAGCAAUGCUGUUGGCAUGGCACAAAAGCUGCUGCUCUUCUGGAGAAAGCCAGCUCGCCGUUGCUGGUGGGAAGGAGUGGACCUUCAGGACGUGGAGGGUGUAGAGGGCACCCUGAAAGUGUGGAUUCGGAGAGUGUGGACACUCGAGAUGAGUGUUAUUGGUCUGCGCUGA